AUGAGGUUCUCCACUGUUAUCUUCGCUCUGGCGGCGAGCGUCAACGCCCGCAACGUCUUCCGCCCCGGGCAAAGUCUCGUUGCGCGCAACGAGCUCGAUGUUCCCGGGCAGAACCCGCUCAAGUUCUGCGAUGCCAACCGCGAUGACGACCUCAUUUCCAUCGAGGAGGUCGUCCUGACGCCGAAUCCGCCUGAAGCAGGAACGACUCUCGUCAUUGAGGCCACCGGCACGGUAAAGGAGACGAUUCUCGACGGCGCAUACGUGAACCUCGAAGUCAAGUAUGGCUACAUUCGCUUGAUCCGCACGCAGGCCGACCUCUGCAAAGAGAUCAAGAACGUCGACCUCGACUGCCCCAUUGAGAAGGGAAAGAUCUCCGUCAUCAAGACCGUCGACCUGCCCAAGGAGAUUCCACCGGGCAAGUACACCGUCAAUGCGGAUGUUUACACCAAGGACGACGAGCACAUCACCUGCCUGACUGCCACGGUUACUUUUGGCGCGAAAGCACUGGGCGACGCUUUUGAUUUCGACCUCUAG